CUGCCGGCCGGACACAUCUCUUAGCUGAGAAAGAUCUUUCUUUUGAAUAAGCUCAAUUUCAGUAUUUUACCUACUAUACGAGUUUUAUCUCGCACAUCUUGGUUCCUUAUGGACAUUUGGAAAGUCUCAGUGCUAAUGCUCGCCAUACUUGCUCUUGCCUGCAGUGUGCGAGGAUUGUCUUUCACUCCAAACAGAGAACCCUGGAUUUCAGAUAACUGGGAGGAUGAACCAGUGGAGGAGACGCUAGCCAGUCAAGUGGCAGGUCUGCUGAAGAGGUCGAAAUCUCAUCAGUUCUACGGACUAAUGGGAAAACGCUCCGAAGUUGUCCAGCCUGUGAAAAUGGAACGAAGAAAGGUUAAAAACAUUAAUUUUUCCAAAGGGCAUAAGGGAGACAUGUUUGUGGGACUGAUGGGCAAGAGACCUUCAGGAGGCGAUUCGAGAAAAACGACCCCAGAGACCAGCACGGCAACGGACAAAUCCGGAGAUUUGAAAAAACAAACCGAUGCGCAAGAGGAAUGGGACAGACUGCAGUACUACUGAUGACAGUAUCCGGCGCUCUAUUAGACUUCACCAGUCUCUGUGAAUCAAUACACAAUUAUUCUCCACUCUUAACACCAACGUAAUAAUUCAUGAGGACAUUAUUU